CCCUUUUUCUCCCAAAUCUAGAGAGAGAAAUUUUGGUGAUUAGGGUUUUUCAGUUGUUGGGUUUUCUUUGUGAAAGAAGGAGAUCGAGGAAAUGGGUGAAAGGGUUAGUGGAAAAGUGAAGUGGUUCAGUGACCAGAAGGGUUAUGGCUUCAUUUCCCCCAACGAUGGUGGUGAAGAUCUUUUCGUUCAUCAAUCCUCUAUCAGAUCCGACGGUUUCCGGAGCCUUGGUGUUGGUGAGGAUGUUGAGUUUCUGAUCGAGGCUGAGUCUGAUGGCCGUUCCAAGGCUGUUGAUGUCACUGGCCCUGGUGAAGCUUCUGUGCAGGGAAGUCGCGGCGGAGGAGGAGGCGGCGGCGGCGCUGGUGGUGGAGGUGGUUACUCAAGUGGAGGUGGUUAUGGAGGAGGCGGUGGUGGUGGAAGGGGGAGACGUGGUGGUGGUGGAUAUGGGUUUAACGGUGGAAGUGGUGGUGGUGGCCGAGGUGGGUACGGCGGUGGUGGAGGCGGCUAUGGUGGUGGGGGUUAUGGAGGUGGUGGCGGUGGUGGUGGAGGUGGUGCUUGUUUCAAGUGUGGUGAGACUGGCCAUAUGGCGAGGGACUGCUACCAGAGUGGAUCUCAAGGCGGCGGUGGUGAUAGGUACGGCGGAGGCGGCGGCGGCGGUGGUGGUGGUGGAAACUGCUAUAGCUGUGGUGAAUCUGGGCAUUUCGCUAGAGAAUGUCCAAGCAGUGGUCGUUGAUCGUCGCGUAAAUUGGUGACCAGCAAGUCAAUUUACUUUUGUUUGCUUCAAUCUGGGGGUGUUUUGUUCGGUUUUCCUUUACCUUUCUAUCUCAGUUUUGAUCUACUGAGAUCUGUAAGGUCAUCUUUUAAUAGGAUUUGAGUAGUAGCCUUUUUCAUUUUCUUUUUUUUGUCAUCUAUGGAUUUCCAAUCAGUUUAGUAUCUAUCUUUUGGUUGUUGGGUGUUGAUGAUUAUGUUUGUUUGAUGGAUUUUAGGGUAUUUUAUCAGCUAUCCUUAGAAAAAGAGAUGAUCUAUGGAGGAAAGUUGAAUAUCUUCCUUUGAUUUCUCUGUUUCUUUAACUGUUGAUACAAGUAUUUUCAUAUACAAUGCCAUCUGGUUUUCAAUGAAUGAAUGGAUCCAUCUCUGAUUUCUUCUGUAA